AUGGUUUCAUCGUCUACUGCUUCAACACCCCAUAAACGGCUAAUUUCAAAUAUUUCUUCUUGGAAGGAAUCACAAAAACAAGAACAAAUGGGGGUUUUACAGACGCCAAAUACAGAAAAGGUUGUAGCAGAAUUGUUGGCUCGAGCAGCAGAAACUCAAUUUCAAGCUGCUGGAGUUCAACCUGUCGAUUUGGAUCGUUAUAAAGAACAACAAGAAGAACAAAGACAAAAACGGCAUUUUCUUUUGUGGUUAAAUCAAAAUGGAAAUUUGUAUCCAAGUAGGGAACAGAAGGAACGUUUAGCAGAAGAAAUGGGAACAAAUUAUGGAAAGGUGCGGGGGGUUUUAAAAGAAAUUUGAAGGGAUUUAAUUGAAUAUGUACACAUGUCUGACUUAAUUUAAAGAUUGUUGAAGUCUGAU